AUGAGGGUCUCAAUAGCCCUUAAGGGCCUAUUGGGCCUCAGUUUCUGUUUAUCAGUUCAAGGAUAUGAUCCAACAGACUCAAUUAUGGACGCCGGUAAGGAUAGAUACUUGGUACUCUAUUCUUCUCAGACAGGCUAUCUCCCAAAUCAUAAUAUGGACCCCGCGGUUGUUGGUGGUGGGUCUUUCGGUCAGAUAUGGCAAUUCAAUCUUCCUUCAAAUCCAUACGGCCAGCUAGAGCAGUUUUACGCAAAGCCUUUGGUCUAUACUCCAAGCAGCACCAACCGCCAGGUGGUACUUGUUUUUUCCGAGCAGAAUCGAAUAUUUUCCCUCGAUGCCGUGAAUGGAACCCUGGUUACCAGUCGGGAUUUGUCGUUAGACGGAGAAGCCCCAUUCAACGUUGCUGAUUUAGGUUCCUGCAACGACAUCAGUGGAACAAUUGGGAUUACGGGGACACCAGUGAUUGAUCCAUCAACGGAUACAAUAUACUUUUGGGCUAAAAGUUAUUUGGCGCCGGGCUUGAGAGGAUAUCAGAACGGGGCAUUUUAUUUUCAUGCAAUUGAUGCCGCUACGCUGAAAGAAAAGCCCGGAUUCCCUGUCAACAUCCAAGGCGAAACAGCCGACAAUGAUCAUACUCGAUAUUUUACUGGAGGUACCGUGCAUCAAAGAGCCUCUUUGAAUUUGGUCAACGGAGUUGUCUUUGCAGGUUUUGGUGGCCACUGUGACCAGUAUAAUUACACUGGCUGGAUCGUCGGUAUGACUCCCCAGGAUGGAACCUGGAAUGGUGGGGGAGGAGGGUGCGGAGUCUGGAUGUCCGGCAUGCCGAUCGUAUCAGACAACUCGGGUCGCAUCUUCUUUUCAACUGGAAAUGCGUACAAGGUUUCAAAUAAUGGACUUCUUCCUGCUUCAGGGCAUCUUCAUCUAGAUACACUCUCUGAGGCGUUUGUCAACCUUGCCGUCAACAAAACAACAGGGGCUCUUACUCAACAAGACUACUUUGAGACCUACCAGUAUCAAGCAAUGGACGCUGCUGAUCGCGAUCUUGGCUCAGGGGGGGUCAUGCUUCCAGAUCCGGGUACAUUUAGUGGUGGCGGAGUGGCUCGCCUGAUCGUUGGGUGUGGAAAGAAUGGAAACUGCUACAUCACAAAUGCCGACAAUCUUGGCGGAUACAAACUUGGAUCUGCUGGUGGCGAUGCAAUCAUUCAGACCAUUACCCCUCCAAGCGGUUCGCCGGUGUUCGGCAAUCCAGGGUCGUAUCCUCUGGAAGGCGGUUAUCUCUACAUGACCCCCGUUGGAUCUCCGACUUACGUUUACGCGUUGGGCUUUGACUCGAGUGGACGCCCUGCUUUCACCUUAGUUGCUCAAACAGGUGAUAUCGUCACUGGUCGUGCUGGCGUUGGUCCGCCAACUAUUACAUCUUACAAGGGCCAGCAAGGUACUGCGAUCCUGUGGUCUUUGGAUCCUGAUGCUGGGGUUCGAGCGUAUAAUGCGGUCCCUGUCAAUGGGCAAAUGACGAGAAUACCACUGAACUCUGCCUCUUCUGUUGCAAAAUAUCAACGUGUGGUUUUCGGAGAUGGCCGCUACUAUCUCAUUACCACUGCCGGUACUGUGGUUGGCUACGGAUCCCCUGUCAAAUCGCCGUUGACUUGCAACGAUCCCCUCAACUUUGGCUCCAUCGCUAUUGGAUCAACGAAGACGCUGAAUUUGACGUGCACUGCAAAUAUUCCGAUUACCAGCAUCAACAUCACAGCUCCCUACAUGUCAACUUACCAGGUGUCAAACUCCAGCUUACCGCGAGGGAGCCUGAGCACUGGUGCAAUCUUUUCAUUUCCUAUCACUUUCAACCUUACGGCAGCCGUAGCUCCUGGAGUCCAGUCAACGUCUAUAACCCUUCGCACUGCCAACGGAGUGACAGGAUUUUCUACGCAGCAACCUAUCUCAGUGACCGGGAAAAGUGUUAGUGCGAACCCGUAUGCAUCUUUGAUACCACUGCAAGUUGACUUCGCUCCUCUGGUUAUUGGAUCCGCGGCAGCCGAGACAGGUUCCGCCAGUACCUUUGUUAUCCAGGACAUCGGACAAUCUGACCUCGUAAUCCUCGGAUAUGCCUUUACAGACAACAUCAUCCCCACUGUCGCAAACACCAAUGUCACGGUGGGUGGUUCGGCAAAUGGCAACUCUGUCUUGGACAAGAAUGGCGUCUUUACCUCCAACGAUCUCCCAGCUGUGGGAAGCGUUAUUCGCAACGGCACGUCUGUCACUGUCAAUGUACUUUUCAACGCUUCAGCCAUUGGAAAUUACUUCUCCCUUCUCCAAAUAUAUACCAACGGAGGCAUGGUGUACACGACGCUCGUGGCAUCGGCAGACUCUUCUCCCAUUGCUCUUCUCCAGCAGUCCACGAGUGAAGGAGGGUGGAUCACCAUUCCAGACUGUGUUGUCCCUGCCGAUGGCUGUACCAAUCAGGUCGACUUAGGGACUUCAGUCGGCAUCGGCCAAUUGAGCGUGACCAUCAGUUUCACAAACGAGGGGGGUUCUGACCUGGAAAUUACGAAAUCCAAACCUCUUGAGGGCUCUGUUCUUGGAGCAGAGAAUCCCAAUACCGACCUUUCUGAAGGAUUGUUUAUUUCUCCUGGUGAUACUGCGACAGCCGCAAUAUUGUUCUCUCCCGGGGUAUCAGUCUUGAAUGCCGACCCAAUCAUCUACUCCGGUGCUUGGACGCUUAAUACGAACGAUUUAACCUUUGGAGUUCAUACCCUCAAUUUCACUGCCACAUUGGCAGCUCCGCAAGUGGGGCCUCUGAUUAGCGGGAAGUCCCAAUUCCAGUACUUGGGCUGCUUUCAGGAUAGUGUGGCCAGUCGCAUCGAACCCACCCAAUACAACAACGUCAAUAAUACGAAUGGCCUUUGCCAGCAGCAAGCUCUGGCGGCUGGUAUGCCUUUUGCUGGAACCGAAUAUAACACCGAAUGUUAUGUUGGAUCUAACAUACCCUCUCCUAGCUUGAAAGUCGCAGAUUCGUUGUGUUCAACUUAUUUCUGUCCUGGAGACCGCACUCAAAUUUGUGGUGGAAUAGGAGGCUAUAUAUAUCUCUUUUAUGACACCACGAAGUACUUCCCGCAGAAUGGUACUCUGGCUAUCAGCGCACCCUCUUCUCUACCAACUGUUGGCCCUUACAAGUACCUCGGAUGCUUUACCGACAACACAGGAUCAAGAGCACUUUCCGGCAAGAUUCCCGGAGCUACAUCCACCAACACACUUGAGAGUUGUGCUGCAGCUUGCAGCGGUUACAACUACUUUGGGACCGAAUAUGGUACUGAAUGUUAUUGCGGAAACUCACUGGGAAGCUCUGCAACAGCGGCUGUCUCCACAACCUGCAAUAUGCUUUGUGCCGGGUCGACUUCUGAGAUGUGUGGAGGCUCUAGCCGGAUCUCAGUGUACGUCCUGAGUAGCUAUAAUUCAUCAGUUGUGACAACUUCACCAACCGCUACAACUUUAUCCUCGACCAAAAUCUCAACUCUGGGGUCACUUCCCACGGUGGGAGCAUAUAUGUACGUCGGCUGCCAGACAGAUUCAGUUGCCCAACGAACAUUGUCCACGAAGAGCACACAAAGCAGCACAAUGACAGUAGAGAGCUGUUCGUCGUUUUGUGCUGGGUAUACCUUUUUUGGAGUUGAAUACUCUGCGGAAUGUUAUUGUGGAAAUACCCUUGUGGCUGGUUCCACUCUAGCAACUGAUGGACGUUGCAACAUGGCGUGUAAUGGAAAUGCAUCAGAAACUUGCGGUGGCCCCAGUGGUCUCUCUUUAUACCAGCUCAUAUCUUCAACAUCCAGCAGCACCACAGUUGGCUCCUCGGUAAGCCAGCAAAGCCAGUCAACACAGUCGACUCAAACAAGCUCGUCCUUCACCCAGACCGGCUCUUCGACCCAAAUAACCCAGACCAGCUCAGUACCAGCUCCCACUCCGACCGUUGCUAUCACCUGUCCAGCUUCAAACGCAACAAUAUACACAGCCACGAACGGGGACACCUUUUUCCUGGAGUGUUUUCUUGACCGUCCAGGGAACGACUUGGGGAUGUCUUACGUUGGCUCUUACGCCCAAUGCGCUGAACUAUGCGCCUACGCCGCUAACUGCGUAGCUUUCAGUUGGUUGCCUCCUGGACCGUCAAAUCCGUGCUAUAUGCACAAAGCAAUUGGAACUGGAAACAGCAACUCUGGUGUUUGGGGAGCCAGACUGGUUGUGCUACCUUCAUCAUCAAGCGUUCUAGGGAGCUCCAGCACAAUUCUGUCAACGUCGCUCUCGACCAUUUCAUCAUCGGUCACGAGCUCCAUAACUUCCCUCACUUCAUCAUUUUUGCCUUCUUCCAGCACAAGUACUCAAUUGUUGUCAACUACGAGUUCUUCCUCUCAUUCAACAAGCACGAGCAGUGGGUCCCUCUCAACAUCUAGUAUAUCUAGUACUUCCACCUCUUUUACAGCAACAUCCUCGACACAUAGUUCGUCAAGCUCGAGUUCAUCUCAAUCAUCCUCAUCCAGCACUAGCAGCGGAACACUCUCGACCACGAGCUCUUCCUCGCUCUCAUCGAGCAUGAGCAGCACAACCCUCCCGAUUACGACAAGCAGUAGCACCACACUUCCUGGAUCAGUCUCGAGCUCCAGUUCAUCUUCAUCAUCCAGAGGGACCUCGGUGUCAAGCACGAACACUGAAUCCCCCUCAAGUAGUAGCACAGCUCUCACGACCACGACAAGUAGUAGCACGUCACUUCUUGGAUCAGUCUCCUCGAGUUCAAGCUCGUCUUCAUCAUCCAGACAAACAUCCGUGUCGAGCACACUAAGUACCAGUGUCAUAACUGCCACAACUUCAUCCAGCAGCAGUUCCACUCUGUCACCAACGCUCCUACCUGGUUGGGGAUACAUCGGCUGCGCGAACGACAAUACUGGCAACCGAGCGCUCACCAACGCGAGCACUACGGUUUCAACCAUGACCGUCACUUUGUGUCAAUCCUACUGUCAAACGAACAACUUUCCACUGGCAGGCGUCGAGUAUGGAACGCAAUGCUUCUGCGGGUUCUCGUUCUCAUCAGGACACACGCUGGGGCAAACUGGAUGCACCAUGGCAUGUGGGGGAAAUAGCGCCCAACAGUGUGGGGGUUCUUCAAGACUAUCAGUGUACAACAAUACUGCGUAUGUGAUGCCUCAAGUUGUUUCAAGUGUGAGCACGUACCAAAUGAAGGCUUGCUAUAACGAUAACGUAGCAGCCAGAGCUUUUAACAGCUAUGUCAUAGCCACAAACGCUAUGACAGUCGAGAUGUGCGUCAGUUCGUGUAGCGCUCGGGGCUUUUUGUAUGCUGGAGUUGAGUUUGGGAGGGAAUGUUAUUGCGGGAAUGCAAUAGCUUCAACAAGCUCACCGAUAUCUCUCUCAACCUGUCAAGAGAACUUUUGUAGUGGGAACAUGACGGAGUACUGUGGGGGUUCGAAUGCACUGUUGGUUUAUUCUCAAUAG